GUGGAAAUAGCGAUCUGACUCAAGUUGCGCACACCGGGGGACCGUGUCGGGGCCUCUGGGACUAAGGAUGCAGUCCCAAAAUGCUCCCGCGAGCCCUGUCGCCCAGUUCUUCAAGACCACGAACCUGGUCUUGACAGUCUUUGACACUCGGCGGGGACAAUGCGAGGGCGAGGAGCAUGAGAAGCUGCUUUCGUUCUUCCCGACGGUCGCGCCCGUCAACGUGCGCACGUCCAUCGUGGGGCUGGCCCAGGCUGUGGCCUCGUUUGCGGACACGCUGACGCAGGACGGCUGCCGCUACAAGUCCAUGGUGGCAGAGACCAACAAGUGGGUGAUGCUGGAGGUUGAGCCGGAGGUUUGGAUCAUGGCGGUGGUGCGCAAGUCCUGGGCCAGCGGCACCGCCACCGACGCCGCCUUCCGCUCGCUACUGACCGGCCUGUACGACGUGUUCGUGCUGCUGCACGGCCGCAUCGGCACGCUGCUGGAGCAGGACCCCACCGCCUUCACGGUGCGGCGGGUGCUGCAACCACUGCUGGACGAGGCCGGGGCCAGGCUGCUGCGGCCCGACGCCGCCGCCGGCCGCGAGCCGGGCGGGCUGUUCAGCUGCCUGGCCAACCCGCUGGCGCCGCACGCGUCCGGGGCGGCGGCGGCGGUGCCGCUGCUGCCCACCUCGCACGGCACCUUCCUGGCCGUACAGUGUCUGGUCAACCAGCUGCUGGUGGCUUCCUUCUACGGGUCUCGUCUGGUGGCGGGCUGCGUGGUGCUUUGGUCUGGUCUGCCGCUGUGGAGCACGCUGGGCCCACGGGACACGUCGGCGCUGGUCACGCUGGCGGGCCGGGCGUUGGUGCCGGCGGCGCGCGCGGCGCAGCGGGCUCGGCCCGGCGGCGCCGGCACCUCGCUCGUGCUCGGCGGCGUCGGAGGCGGCGUGGUGGGCGGCGGCGCCGGCGGCGAGACCGCGCAUGAGACGCUGCUGUGCCCGCUGCAGUGGCGCGCCGGCGGCGGCAUCCAGGCCGGCGUGCCGCCGUCGCCGGCGGUGGCAGCCGCCGCCGCGGUGGGCGGCGGUGGCGGCGUGCCGCAGCUACCUGUGUCGUCGUCCGCCGCCGCGGGGCCGUCAGCGGCGUCGCCGUCGGGCGGCGCAGCCGCCGGUGCUGGAGGUGGCGGCGGCGGCGGCGGCGGCAUUGGCACUCCGCUGCCUCCCUUCCUGAGCUGUUUCCUGCGGCCGCGACUACGUGCGUCCAUGUAUGCGCCGGGCGGGGCGGCGCUGGCGCUGCCUAUGGACUCGGUGCUGCCCAUGGCGCACGUGUGGCUGAGGGGCUCCUGCGAGUGGGCCCAGCUGCUGCCGUACCACCGCGGGCAGCUGCUGGUGCUGGCGCUGCUGCAUGACGGCCCGCCGCCCGCACCCGAGGUGCUGGCGGCGCUGGCGGCGGUGCUCAACCGCGGCGCGGGCCCGGCGGCGGCGGCGCUGGCGGCGGAGGUGCCGGCGCGCAGCAGUGCGGUGUGGCACGAGAAGGGGCAUCGCUACUGCUACACGGACGCGCUGAGUCACGGCACCAGGUACUCCCCCGCCAAGAAGGUGCAGACGCUGUCCGCCUCCUGCCUCCGACACCUGGCGCACCUGCGCAGCAAGAUGGACGAGUGGGAAACCACACGGCUGCAACAACAGCAGCAGCAACACCACCAACAACAGAAACAGCAAGAAGCAGGCACGAGCGGGACCGCCGGCGGCUCCGCCGCUAGCUCCGUCCUCGACGGCACCUCCGACGUCGAAGACGCCGACGGCGGCGGCGGAGCCGCCGCCGCCGCCUCCGGCGGCCUGUUGGGCGACGCCGGGGAUGCGGAGUUGGUGGUUCGUACGGCGCAUGACGCGUGGCUGGUGCUGCGGUCCGCCGCCGGCGGGCGGCGGCUGUACACGGCGGCGGAGCAGGGGCUGCAGGGGCCGGAGCUGAGCCUGGCGGGCGCGGCGGCGGCGACCGAGGUGCUGUGCGACCGGCUGUUCCCGGGCGUGUUCGUGCAGCCAUGACAGCCAUGAGGCUGGGAGGACGUGGGUGCGUGAGGGCGGGCCGGUGCGGGGGGUUGUAAGUACCGGUGCGGGGAGGGGGCGCCAUCCCUGGAGCCGUGUUGCGAGCGGAGACGGUCGAAAGAAGGCUUGGAGCGCCAGGCGAGCUGCCAGGGAUGCGCUACACCAGCUGACGUGAGUGCAGCGAGGUGGCGACCCUCCUCCUGGGUUGUUGGGCUUGGGCGCAGGGGUGGUACGGGUGGAGGCUUCAGCGCGGCGGCGGCGGCAGCGGCGGCGGCGGCGGCGCAGCGCUGUGGCCUGUGGGGCAGACCAGGCCGCCAUGCAUGGGCAAGGGCAUGCUGGACGGCGGUGUUGGCUGUUGCGAUGGCGGCGAGAGCCAGGGGGGGCCCAGCGCUGAUGGUGGCCACUUCGUCGCCCGCUUAGAAGCGGGCGUAGGCGGGGGUGUAGCCUUUGGCGGGGGCUGGCUGGCGCAGUGAUGCACGUGACCGGGCCGUGGACUGGAUGCAU